UACUGGUACCCGAACUAAAUCGAUAAGCGUAAAUCAAUUACACAAAAUUUAAUCAUUUUACUAUAUUAUUUGAGUAUUCGUAGGCAAAUUGCAAUUUAAUCUUUAUUGUCGAAUACGUUUUUUUCUUUCCAAGAAUACACAAAUGCUACUAUGACAUUAUUUUUGGACUUAAAUAAUGUAAUUAAAAAGGUAUUUCUUCAAGAAUUAAAAAGGAGCGACAAGUUUUUGACAGAAGAUGACUUGAGAGACAUUUUACACGAAGACAAUGAUGCCUAUGAAAAGUUGCGAGAGAGUAUUGUGGGCUACCCUAGUCAUCCUAUCUACAAGCAGAUUGCCCAGAUGUUGCAGAUAUGGAUGAAAACAAAAAACUGCCCUAUCCUAGACUUGCCCAGUUAUGAUCUACUAGAUGAGCAAAGUUAUGUUGAAGCCAGAGCUGCAGUUAUAAAGUCCAUCACCCCUCUUCUAGAUGGAGUACUUACUCUGUAUACCUUAUGGAAUGAAGAAGAACUGGUGUUCAGACUCAGGGAAAUACUAUUGUUACUUGGGAAGAGAGGACUGCUGGAUUUACUAGGCAUCAGAAAAACAGUCGGAACAAAGGACAUAUGGCCACCGGCACGAUCAAAAUUAAUGGAAAGUUUUGAAGAAAAACACUCAGAGAAGGCUGAGCUGUCAGUAGGUGCCCGGGCCCUUGCCAAGCAUCAUCACAGAGACCAGAGCGAGUCCUGGUGGGGAACCUCUGUCGGCUCCGAGAAACAGAAGAAUGAGCAUGCCCUCACAGUGGUCAACAAAAUACUGGACAAUGCAACUUGGAUUAAUAUUCAUUGGCUACCACAAGACAUAUUUGUCAUUGAGGCUCGUGUCGCGGAAGGCUAUGGUGCGAGGUGGAGGGCAGAUGGUUCACAGUUUCGAGGGUUUCUGGAACCUCAAAUGGCAGACGGACAUGAAGUGGGCUGGAAACAUUGACCUACCUGCAUACAGCUAACACUUCAAACUAACAUUGACAACAUUCCUUAGAGAACCUUAACCCUUUCCCACUCAGAAACAAAGUGAAAAUGGCUAUGUGAGUAACUCGCAGUCUGUUCAGGUUUUACGCUGUUUGCUGCUCAUCAGUAUCUAAGGGUUGGAAAUUAAGCCUUAAAACUUGAAUCUAUUAAGAAAGGUCUUCGAUUAAAUUUAACUUUCUCAGGAACUACAAAUGUGUCAAAAUACAUAUCUAAGUGGGAAAGGGUUAAGAAACUGUUUUAAAUCCACAUACAAUCUCUUACUGUUCCAUUUAUUGAUAUAUUUACAUUACAAUGUUUUUAAGAAUACUUGUUGUAUUUAUUAUUAAUUAUAUAUUGUAUUAUACCGGUAAAUUUAUAAUUUUGCUAUUUUUUAUACAUGUUUGUAUCAAUUUAAUAUGCAAUAUCUGUAAGAAAAAUUUGUGAUAGAUUAUAUAACAUUAUGUAUUGUUUAGUAAUUAAUUAUCUUUGCUUGGAAAGUGAUCAAUUAAAUAACAAUCCUUUAUAUAUGUAUAUACAAAAAAGGGAAUACAUUUAUAUGUAUUAAUAUUUAUUUGGCACAAGUUUCCACUUCAGUGCUGUAUUCUCCAAUCUUAAACAUGACAGUUCUUUCUUAGAAAACAUAAAUUUUGUUCCCUGCACACAGGUAGAGAAAAGAAUACUGGUACCAUAACAAGUGUCAUGAAUGUCUUCUUGUAAAUCAUGAUGAUUUUUUUUAGAGAGUAUAACAUAGCAAAUUUCAAUUAUUUAGCAUAAUGUAACCUUCAACACAAGGUAAAGUAUAGAGGUGUAUUGAUUCUUAUAAAAUUCCUUAGUGUGAUAAUAAGUUUUGCAAGAGCUAUAGUUUUAGUAUGUAUACAUAUCAAUUGUAACAAUGCAUUUACAUAAUGUUGCAUACUUUGAACCUGGACCUUUAUGAUCAACAAUCUUUAUUUGAUAGUUAAUAUAAAACAAUAAUCAUGUGUUCAAUACAUUUUUUUCUGUACCAAUAUGUUCAUCUGUAUGAUACAUCUGUUCAUAUGAACAAACCCAAAACAACACUUAAAACACUCCUGGUAUUGGUGACCGUGAUACAACCAUUCACCACAAAAAUAAAUUAAUCCAAUCUGUUUAAUGGUUAACUUAUGUCAAUUUAAUUAGAACUACCAUUUGCUAUUUACUGCAUGAUUAUUUGAUAUUUCCAGUAUGACUGAUAUACAUGUACAGCCAAGAUGUGAUGUGACUAAUUAUUAAAAUUGUUAUGUGUUCAUAUUUUCAUAAUAGUAAACAACUGCAGGGCUCAACAUUAACAGUCGUCCUAUUGCCCCUGACAAGUAAAAGUUGGGUCCGGGCAAGUUAUUUUAUAAUAAGUUGUCCUCCCGGGCAAGUGCAAAAAGAACAAAGAGCAUUUAUUUAGACUUUAAUUGCUGUAAUAAUUUUGUUAAAUGUACAAAAAUAAAAAAGGUUUUGUGGUGUAUCAUUUUGAUCUUUAUUAAAAAAUAUGAGGUUGACAGUUAAUGUGAUAUUUCAUGUUUGGGCAAGUGGCUUUACGUUCUAAGGGCAAGUAGAUUUUCUAAGUACUUGCCCGGCAGGGCAAGUUGGUUUUUAGGUUAAUGUUGAGCCCUGAACUGAUAAGAUAAUAUAGCUAAUAAUAUGAUAUCUGUCUUGACAGUGUUUACACACAAAACGUUUGUGAUUAUAAAAUAAUGGAAAUCAUAUUCAAAUAGCAAAGUACAUGUUUUUGUAAUAUGCUAGUAAAUAUUAAAGGGACUGUCAAUCACGAAUGACGAAAAAAGAAAAGUUCUAAAAUAUUGUAUUUUUUAACAAUUAUUAGUUUAUAUUGAUAAACAUUUCACGACUGGUAUAUUACAUUACUUGAAAAAAAGUUCAUAGUUUCAGUAUAUUUGGUAAUAAAAUUUCGUGCUGUGAAAUCGAAAGUACAUCGCGAAAAUAGGUCACAUAACGAUAUACACACUAUAAAUAACGCAAGUAGAUUGAUCAUUUUUAUAUAUAAAAUAUAUACAAUCCACAAUAUGCAUUCCUGGGUUUACCACGUGGCGGUGAUGAUCAAUCUACUGGCGUUAUUUAUAGUUAAUUUGUAGUUACCUGUUAGACAUACCCAGUAAAAUUUAUUACCGAAUACACUGAAAAUAUGAAAACUUAACAACCGUUUUUCAAGUAAUGUAAUAUACCAGUCGUGAUAUUUUAAUCAAUAUAAAUUAAUCAUGGUAAAAAAUAAGUUAUUUUUACAACUUUAAUUUUCUUCGUCAUCGUGGUUGACAGUCCCUUUAAGACUUAAAAGAUACACUUAUAUUAACCUAAUUAAAUUCUCAGAUCUGUAAAUAAAAAAUGAUAAAACAUUUAAGUGCCUUUACAGCUGAAGACAAAUGUUAGCAUGGGUAGGUUUCUAUACUUUGAUAACUUUUUGUUUACAUUUCAGAAAAAACACCAUUUUUUUUAUCAAUUUGAUAAACACUAGAAACUGUAAAGUUUAUGUGAAAUAAAGUACUGUUCUGUUCUGAUGUGCCUAAUGGACAAGUGUUUCAAAUGAAUGACUGGUUUUUAAUGAUAUCCAUGUUAUAGUUUAUUUGUCUUGUUCUUUACUGUGUUAUGUUUUAUUGUAUUAUUUCUACAUAAUUUAAAAUAUGUUCACACAAACUAGUAUUUGAAAUACAUUAUUUACGUACAUGUAAACAUGUUAUACAUAUCUUUAAGUUUAAUAAACCACCUUUUUUCACAAUUGA